CCCCCUCCAUCCCAUGGCCAGUCGCGGGGGCUCCGCCGCCAGCCGGGCGCCGUGGGACCGGAGCCGCUCCAGUUGCUGUGGUAUCCAGGGAGCCCUCCUCCUCCUCCUCCUCCUCCUCCUCCUCCUCCCGCUGCAGGAGCUGCACGCCGGGCGUUGCUAAGGUCGCCUCCGCGGUAACAUGCACAUCCUGUUUACACCUUCAUCCCGACAAGUUGGGCUCGGAUAGAGCCGCCCGUUCCCCCCGGGAAGCCCCCAGGGAAGCCCCCAGGGAAGGGGCCGCACGGAGCAUCCCCCCCCGGAGCCGCCGGAGCCGCCGGAGCCGCGAGCGAGGCCGCGCCGGGAGCGCCGCGCCGGUGGCACCGGCACCGUGACAAGAUGACGAACAACGUGGCCGACCACCACCCCGGGAACUCGGUGGCUGAGGGCAACCAUGAGGGGGACUUUGGGUGCUCCUUGGUGGAGCUCAGGAACCUCAUGGAGCUGAGGAGCGCCGAGGCCGUGGCCCGGAUCAACGACUCCUACGGCGGCGUCCAGAACGUCUGCAAGAGGUUGAAGACGUCGCCGGUCGAAGGCCUGUCUGGGAACCCCACGGACCUGGAGAAGCGGCGUCAGGUCUUUGGCCAGAACUUCAUCCCCCCCAAGAAGGCCAAGACGUUCCUGCAGCUGGUGUGGGAGGCGCUGCAGGACGUGACGCUGAUCAUCCUGGAGAUCGCAGCCAUCAUCUCCCUGGGGCUGUCCUUCUACCACCCCCCGGGAGGGGACAACGAGCUGUGCGGGCAGUCCACGGGCGGCGUGGAGGACGAGGGCGAGUCGCAGGCGGGCUGGAUCGAGGGCGCUGCCAUCCUGUUCUCCGUCAUCAUCGUGGUGCUGGUGACGGCCUUCAACGACUGGAGCAAGGAGAAGCAGUUCCGGGGCCUCCAGAGCCGCAUCGAGCAGGAGCAGAAGUUCACGGUGAUCCGCAAGGGCCAGGUGAUCCAGAUCCCCGUGGCCGAGAUCGUGGUGGGCGACAUCGCCCAGAUCAAGUACGGUGAUCUCCUGCCAGCGGACGGGAUCCUGAUCCAGGGCAAUGACCUGAAGAUAGAUGAGAGCUCACUGACCGGGGAGUCAGACCAGGUGAAGAAAUCCAUGGAUAAAGACCCCAUGCUGCUGUCAGGUACCCACGUGAUGGAGGGCUCGGGCAGGAUGGUGGUGACUGCCGUGGGCAUCAACUCCCAGACUGGCAUCAUCUUCACCCUCUUGGGAGCAGGAGGAGAGGGUGACGAGGAGAAGAAAGUGAAGAAAGGUAAAAAAAGCGGAGCCCCCGAAAACCGCAACAAAGCUAAAACUCAGGAUGGUGUGGCCUUAGAGAUCCAGCCCCUGAAGAGCCAGGAGGGGGUGGAAAAUGAGGAGAAGGAGAAGAAGAAGGUGAAGGUGCCCAAGAAGGAGAAGUCAGUGCUGCAGGGGAAGCUCACGCGCCUGGCGGUGCAGAUCGGGAAGGCAGGGCUGAUCAUGUCGGCCAUCACCGUCAUCAUCCUGGUGCUCUACUUCGUCAUCGACACCUUUGGGGUGCAGAAGCGGCCCUGGCUGGCCGAGUGCACCCCCAUCUACAUCCAGUACUUCGUCAAGUUCUUCAUCAUCGGCGUCACCGUGCUGGUGGUGGCCGUGCCCGAGGGGCUCCCGCUGGCCGUCACCAUCUCGCUGGCCUACUCUGUCAAGAAAAUGAUGAAGGACAACAACCUGGUGAGGCACCUGGACGCCUGCGAGACCAUGGGCAACGCCACGGCCAUCUGCUCGGACAAGACGGGCACGCUGACCAUGAACCGCAUGACCGUGGUGCAGGCCUACGUGGGGGACACCCACUACCGCCAGAUCCCCGACCCCGAGGCCAUCCUGCCCAAAACCCUGGACCUCAUCGUCCACGGCGUGGCCAUCAACUCUGCCUACACCUCCAAGAUCCUGCCACCAGAGAAGGAAGGGGGGCUGCCCCGCCAGGUGGGCAACAAGACCGAGUGUGCCCUGCUGGGCUUCGUGCUGGACCUGAAGCAGGACUACCAGGCCGUGCGCAACGAGGUGCCCGAGGAGAAGCUCUACAAGGUCUACACCUUCAACUCCGUGCGCAAGUCCAUGAGCACCGUGCUGAGGAACAGCGGCGGCGGCUUCCGCAUGUACAGCAAGGGCGCCUCCGAGAUCAUCCUGCGCAAGUGCACCAAGAUCCUGGACAAGAACGGCGAGCCGCGGGUGUUCAAGGUGAAGGACAGGGACGAGAUGGUGAAGAAGGUGAUCGAGCCCAUGGCCUGCCACGGGCUCAGGACCAUCUGCCUGGCAUUCCGGGACUUCCCUGCGGACGCAGAGCCCGACUGGGACAGCGAGAACGAGAUCCUGUCUGACCUGACCUGCAUUGCUGUGGUGGGGAUUGAGGAUCCCGUACGGCCCGAGGUGCCCGAUGCCAUCCUGAAGUGCCAGCGCGCGGGCAUCACCGUCCGCAUGGUGACAGGGGACAACAUCAACACUGCCCGUGCCAUCGCCACCAAGUGUGGCAUCCUGCUGCCCGGGGAGGACUUCCUGUGCCUGGAGGGGAAGGAGUUCAACCGCCUGAUCCGCAACGAGAAGGGAGAGGUGGAGCAGGAGCAGCUGGACAAGAUCUGGCCCAAGCUGCGGGUGCUGGCACGCUCCUCGCCCACGGACAAGCACACCCUGGUGAAAGGAAUCAUCGACAGCACCGUGGGUGACCAGAGGCAGGUGGUGGCUGUGACAGGGGACGGCACCAACGAUGGCCCGGCCCUGAAGAAAGCAGACGUUGGGUUUGCCAUGGGCAUCGCGGGCACGGACGUGGCCAAGGAGGCCUCGGACAUCAUCCUGACCGAUGACAACUUCACCAGCAUCGUCAAGGCCGUCAUGUGGGGCCGCAACGUCUACGACAGCAUCUCCAAGUUCCUGCAGUUCCAGCUCACCGUCAACGUGGUGGCCGUCAUCGUGGCCUUCACUGGCGCCUGCAUCACACAGGACUCGCCCCUGAAGGCCGUGCAGAUGCUGUGGGUGAACCUGAUCAUGGACACGUUCGCCUCGCUGGCGCUGGCCACGGAGCCGCCGUCGGAGUCGCUGCUGCUGCGCAAACCCUACGGGCGCAACAAGCCGCUCAUCUCCCGCACCAUGAUGAAAAACAUCCUGGGCCACGCCGUCUACCAGCUCACCAUCAUCUUCACCCUGCUCUUCGCAGGGGAGAAGUUUUUCGACAUCGACAGCGGCCGGAACGCGCCCCUGCACUCGCCCCCCACCGAGCACUACACCAUCGUCUUCAACACCUUCGUGAUGAUGCAGCUCUUCAACGAGAUCAACGCGCGCAAGAUCCACGGCGAGAGGAACGUCUUCGAGGGCAUCUACCGCAACCCCAUCUUCUGCUCCGUGGUGCUGGGCACCUUCUUCGCCCAGAUCAUCAUUGUGGAGUUUGGUGGGAAGCCCUUCAGCUGCUCUGGGCUCACCCUGAGCCAGUGGUUCUGGUGCAUUUUCAUCGGAGUGGGAGAGCUCCUGUGGGGCCAGCUGAUCUGCACCGUGCCAACGAGCCACCUGAAGUUCCUGAAGGAGGCUGGGCACGGCAUCACCAAGGAGGAGAUCCCUGAGGAGGAGCUGCCCGAGGACGUGGACGAGAUCGACCACGCGGAGAUGGAGCUGCGGCGGGGGCAGAUCCUGUGGUUCCGGGGCCUCAACAGGAUCCAGACCCAGAUGGACGUAGUUUACACAUUCCAGACCGGCGCCUCCUCUUUGCAGGGAGCCCUCAGGAGACAGCCUUCCAUCGUGAGCCAGCACCACGAUAUCAAAGUGGUGAAUGCGUUCCGUAGCUCCCUGUACGAAGGCCUCGAGAAACCCGAAUCCAGAAGCUCCAUCCAUAACUUCAUGACUCACCCAGAGUUCAUCCUGGAGGAAGACGAGCCUCGGACACCAUUCCUUGACGGCACCGAAGACGAGCCCGAGCCUGACGGACUCCAAAAGCGAGGUGGGGGCAGCCUGGGGGGCUCCACGGCCCUCAACAGGAACAACAACGCCGUGGACAGCGAGUUCAGCUUCCCCGAGCCCGGGAGCCCCUUCCACAGCCUGGAGACCUCUGUUUGACCUUAGAACUUGGAAUUCCCCCUCCUCCUCCUCCUCUUCCUCGUCCUCAUCCACCUGGGCCCUGUGUGAUCCCAGCACCAGUAACUGAUCACACUGCUGCGGUCAAACUGCUCAUGCCUGUAUCAUCA